AUGGAGAGUCAGCUACGCUACGACACAAGUUUCAGCUACAUCCUUAGAAGCAGCCUGCUCUCCUCUAACCUGACAAUCGAUUCAGUCAACACGACACACACCGACAGUGUGUUUGAAGGGUGCGAACAAAUGGUGAGUGGUAUCAUUUUUGACCUAGCUAUACAAUGCUUCAACGUGAUCGUUGGAAUACCUGCCAACAUCCUGGUCCUCGCAAACCUAAUAAAGAUCCGAAAUGAGCCAUUAACUUCUGAUAUCUUCCUGGGCUGCCUGGCUUUCAUGGACGCCUACUUUGGAUUCAUGACAAUCAUAUCAUCCCUCAAUCUCUUCCACUGGAGGAGCACUAUGGCUUGGAUGGCUUUGAAGUUCUCAUACGGUGUGAAGGACACCAGUGGGCCGCUCUUCCUCUCCUGCGUCUGUCUGGAUCGCUUUAUAGCCGUACUCUUUCCCAUCGCAUUCGGACAGUUGAAGGCCAUCAAAUACAGGAUCAGCCUGACCAUCGUGGUUCUUCUGCUCACUUUUGCUUAUGCUUCGGCCAAAACUGUUGGUGGGGUACCAAACUUUGAGAAGGUUUUCACUGGUGAGGUCUUGUUUGCGUUCACCUGGAUGGUGGUGUGUAAUGUGGCCGUCCUCUGGGCCCUGAAACGCUCACGAGGUUCUGGUAAAGAUGAGAUGAAUCCUAUGAAAAGAAAGGCCUUUAAGAUGGUGCUGUCUAUUUUGAUCAUAAUCAUAAGCAACUAUCUCCCUCCAGUGGCUCUGUUCCCCUUUGAAGACCACUAUCCCCAUAAGGUCUUCACUUGCUAUGUGCAGCCAGUAUGUUUUGCCUUCGUAAACAUCAGCAGCACUAUCCAGCCUUUAACUUACUUAUCCCGCUUAGAGAAAGUACCAUUCUUACCAGAAUCUUGUGCAGAGAAGGUAAGCUGCAAGAAAAAAGACAAGCCCUCAAAUGAAUGACAUCAACAGCGUCUGAAAUAUUCUGUUAAAAUGAUUUAACAUACUUCUGUAGUAGUAACUGAAUUUCACUAGUUCACCAGUCUGCUACCUAUACUCAUGUAUAAUCAUUGAAUCAAUUAUAACAUGAACUUGGAUAUUUGUAGAAAUAUAUUGUACUGGAGG